AUGAGUAGGCAACAGCAAGACUCAACAGACCCUGAAGAGCCUUAUGAGCCCUCGAAAGCCCAAGAAAGUACCAGCAAAGGCCAAAUGUGUUACUCAACUACUUCCAUUCCACCACCUCCACCAUCCCAUCCAGCCAGCCAACCACCAUUGCCAGCAUCUCACCCAACACAACCGCCAGUCCCAAGUCUACCUCCCAGAAACAUUAAACCUCCUUUAGAUAUAAAAAGCCCUGUAAAUGAAGAAAGUCAAGAUGGUGUCCUGCACUCUGAUGGUACUGGAAAUCUAGAGGAGGAACAAGAGAGUGAAGGAGAAACCUAUGAAGACAUAGAAGCAACCAAAGAAAGAGAGCAAAAAAGAGAGAAGGAAGAAAAGAAGAGAUUAGAACUGGAGAAAAAGGAACAGAAAGAGCGAGAAAAGAAAGAACAAGAAAUAAAGAAGAAAUUUAAACUAACAGGCCCCAUUCAAGUCAUCCAUCAAGCAAAAGCUUGCUGUGAUGUCAAAGGAGGAAAGAAUGAACUGAGCUUCAAGCAAGGAGAGCAAAUUGAAAUAAUCCACAUCACAGGCAACCCGGAAGGAAAAUGGCUGGGCAGAAGAGCCAGGGGCUCGUAUGGCUAUAUUAAAACAACUGCCAUAGAAAUUGACUAUGACUCCCUGAAGCUGAAGAAAAACUCUCUCAGUGCUCUUUCAUCAAGGCCAAUUGAAGACGACCAGGAGGUAUAUAAUGAUGUUGCAGAGCAGGACAAUAUUAACAGCCACAGUCAGAGCGGAAGUGGAGGGAUGUUCCCACCUCCCCCAGAUGAUGAUAUUUAUGAUGGGAUUGAAGAGGAAGAAACUGAUGAUGGCUCCAUACUACAGGUUGAAGAGAAGAGCAAUUCGUGGUCCUGGGGGAUUUUGAAGAUGUUAAAGGGAAAAGAUGACAAAAAGAAAAGUAUACGAGAGAAACCUAAAAUCUCUGAGUCAGACAAUAAUGAAGGUUCAUCUUUUCCUGCUCCACCUAAACAAUUGGACACGGGAGAUGAAGUUUAUGACGAUGUGGAUGCCUCUGACUUCCCUGCCCCGCCAGCACAGUUGAGUCAAGGAGCCAAGGCUAAGACCAAAGAGAAAGACGCCAAGAAGCUAAAAAAGCAGGAAAAAGAAGAGAAAGACUUCAGGAAAAAGUUUAAAUAUGAUGGUGAAAUUAGAGUUUUAUAUUCCACCAAAGUUGCACCCUCCUUAACUUCUAAAAAAUGGGGGACCAGAGAUCUCCAGAUGAAGCCCAGUGAAUCUCUUGAAGUUAUACAAAGCACAGACGAUAUGAAAGUUCUCUGCAGGAAUGAAGAAGGAAAAUAUGGAUAUGUUCUCCGAAGUUCCUUGGUGGAUAAUGAUGGAGAGAUCUAUGAUGAUAUUGCUGAUGGUUGCAUCUAUGACAAUGACUAGAUCUCAGCUAUGUUCAUUCUGCUGUGCUCUUUUAAUGCCAAUAUGAAGUCUGAGUUUCAGCUGACCUGUUAUUGGAUAUCACAGAAAAUGAACUCACAAAACGACUUAUUACCAUUUGUUAUAAAAUUCUGAUUAUCUUUAUGAAGUUUUGAAACUUUGGACUUAGAAA